AUGUCCGAGUUGGAGAAAAAACCCGAAAGUUCUGUCGUCGAAAGCAUCCAGCUGGACUUGGUGGAGGACGAAAACGUCUUUGUGGUGAAAGACAAAGGUCCCAAUUUUCGUGGUGUCGGAUGGCUUGGAGCCGCUGCCUUGGUUGCAAAAACCCAGUUUGGGUACGGGGUUUUGGGACUUCCGGGCACUUUCCAGGUCUUGGGUUUUGUCCCGGGUCUUAUUUCCUUGGUGGCUCUUUGUGCCUUGACAACAUGGACAGGCUACAUGGUGGGCCAGUUUCGACUUAGAAAUCCUCAGGUUUACGGUGUGGGCGAUGCGGCAGAAUUGAUGUUUGGGCCUGCUGGAAGAGAAUUUAUGGGUGGAGCGUUUUGGCUUUUUUACACCCUUUGCUACGGUGCUGCCGUGCUUACUUUGUCCAUUGCAUUCAAUGCUAUUACUGGGCAUGCUACUUGCACCAUGGUCUGGGUUGCUGUGGGUGCCGUUGUUGCUUUGGUGCUUGGAACAGCCACCAGAACUUUGAAGUACAUGUCGUGGUUGGGCUUUGCAGCUUUGGCUUCGGUUUUUUUCAGUGUUUGGCCCGUCACUAUAGCCGUUUUGGCCCAAAGCACGCCAGAAGCCGCUCCAAAGGGCGAACCAGUCGAUAAACAGGUUUUUGCUGUGGCCACAGGCCGCACUUUUGCAGCCAUUGCCAGUGCCAUUGCUACCCAGCUUUCAGGGCUCUGUGGAACUGCGGCGUUUUUCACGAUCCACUCGGAAAUGAGAGACCAGCGUCAGUACAACAAAUCGCUCUUUCUCGGCCAGGGUUUCGUUUCGCUCAAUUACAUUUUGGUCACUUGCAUCAUCUACGGCAGGGUGGGCAGGUACGUCACCUCUCCAGCUUUGGGAUCGGCCGGACCGCUUUUGAUGAAAAUCUGCUAUGGAAUUGCGUUGCCAGGACUCUUCUUUUCGUGUUUCUUUCAGGCUCACAUUGCAGGAAAGCACGCCUUGGUACGGCUUCUUCGUGAUACCAGGCAUCUCCAGACCAAUACCAAAACCCACUGGUUCACGUGGACCACCAUGAUGGUGCUCGUUGUGAUUAUUGGUUUUGUGAUUGCAAGCUCCAUUCCGUUUUUCAACGACUUGUUGGCAUUGAUUGCCGCUCUAUUGGGGAGUCUUUUCACCCUUAUCAUGCCAGCGCUACUAGGCAUCUACAUCAUGAGUGGCUAUUCCAAACUGGAGGGAGAUGGCCUUUUAGCUUGGGUUGGUCACUACAGAAGAAACUGGAACUCCUCCCGCACAAACAGGAUCCAUUCUCUUGUGGCGCUUCUAGCCAUAGCGUUUGGUGCAUUUAUUUUGGUGGCCGGUACGUAUGGGGCUGUGUAUUCCAUUGUGGAUGGAUACAGAACUGGGAGGGUAUCGAGGGCGUUUUCAUGUGAGGACAACAGCAAUUGA